AUGAAAGUUAUUUUGAAGAAAACUCUAAUAAAGAAUAAUAAAUAAAAUAUGAAUUUUUUUAAAGAUAAAACCUUAGAUCCAGUGACUUGGAUUUAGAUAAACUCUGACAAUUUCAAUGAAAACAAAUAUGAAUAAACUGGAUUGCUUUGGGAUUACUAUUGGAACAGAUUUUUCUAAGUUAAAUUCUAUAUUUCGAGAACUAAAAAAAAGGUAUAUAAUAAUGGAAUAAACUUAAGAGUGUAUAUUUUAAAGUUUAUUCUAAUUCAGAGAUACAUAAAAAGACCUCCUUAUCCAUUGAAUAAUUUAGAAUAGANCUUUGUUUAGGGGAGUAACAUAAUGAAUAUGCAUAGUGACAGUGAAUGUUAAAUACACCUUGGCUAUCAUAACAUUAUAUAUUGAUAUAUUGUUAAGGUAAUAAUUGUUUGGAGAGAGAUGUUUUGGCUGAACGUCUUAAUGAAUUAUCCAUGCUAGACCACAUUUGGACCAAAUAGCACAAAUUUGAACACAUUUAACAAGUAUGUAUCAUUACAUGACAUACAACUAGGAUGACUUGAAACAUGGAAAUAUAAAGAUUCCUCAAGAACUUGAAUUAAGAUCGAAUGCAUCCCCACUAGUUGAGCAAAAGUGA